AAGCCGCAAGUCGGUGGUAAAGAUAAGAAAUAGACGAGUGGACGCAGCAUUUCCCGAUGGACCGGAACGAUUUCCUGCGCGUAAAUGCGCCCUAUUUGCUCUCGAUUGCAGUCAGUUUGUUCCUCCUCGCCCUAUACUGGAUCCUUUACUUGUGGAAUGCCCUGUAUUAGUUAGUGUGCUCCAUCCACCGGCACGCGGCGCGCGGGUGCGCACGUGACCUGCGGCAAUCAUCUGGCUGUGUUUUGGUGUGCGCCGUGCGGUUGCCUACGUGAGGCGAAGCGCAGAGCCUUUUCGGGCAAAGUGGGUUGCGUCAGUUUGAGGCGAUUUUUGCCUGGCCUGACAAUACAAAUAGAGAAAUCGCGUGUCUUGCGUUGCGAGAGACGAUGUUGCGCACCGUUAUCACGACAGGUGCGCGCAGGGCCUCUUCAUUUCUCGCAGGGCAACCGUGCACCAAACGGCCUCUCGCACUCCACUUUAUUGGCAGAACCAUGGCAUCCACGAAUAUUCCUCUGUCUGAGGAUUUCUUCUUCAGGCAGCUGUUCGACCGUGAGAGCUGCACCUACACAUACCUUUUGGCAGACCUGAAGAGCAAGCAGGCUGUCCUCAUCGAUCCUGUUCUUGAACUGGCAGAACGAGAUGCCAAUAUCAUCAAUGAACUCGGAUUGACAUUAACAUUUGCAAUGAACACUCACAUGCACGCUGACCACAUCACCGGCACUGGCAAGUUGAAAACGCUCAUCCCUGGUUGCAAAAGCCUUAUAUCAAAGGCAAGUGGUGCCCAAGCUGAUGUUUAUGUCAACGACGGAGAGGUCGUCAAUUUUGGCAGACACGAAUUAGAAGUUCGAGCAACUCCGGGACACACUAAUGGUUGCAUUACUUAUGUGUGCAAGGAGCAGGGCAUGGCAUUUACAGGUGACACCCUGUUGAUUAGGGGCUGUGGCCGCACAGACUUUCAAGAGGGUAAUCCGACCACUCUGUACGAGUCGGUGCACACAAAAAUCUUCUCUUUGCCUGAAAACUUUAAAUUGUACCCAGCCCAUGAUUACAAAGGACUAACGGAAACAACAGUUGGGGAAGAGAAAAAGUACAACGCCAGAUUAACAAAAUCACUGAAAGAGUUUGUCCAUAUCAUGGAUAAUCUGAACCUUCCAUACCCAAAAAUGAUUGAUAAGGCCGUACCUGCCAACAAAGUCUGUGGUCUGCAGUUUUAAGAUGUUACCAUUGUAUUGCAAAAUCCUAAAUCACGGGUUUUAUAUUUUUGUAUUUGUUUGGUAUUGCUCUAAAUGUGAAUGUGAGCCUGGAGGUGACUGUGUAACCUGACUGAGCACAGUUUACUUACGAAGCAAGUGGAAUUAAAUAUCCAGACAUUAAAUGCAUUCGUAUAUUUAAAUUUCAUGUCUCUAGAUAAAAAAAGUGCAAAACAAGACUUUUUUUAAUUUCAUCGAUUAUAUGAACAUAUUAUAUAUUUUUAUCAUCCCAUAGAAAAUACUCCGUUUGGUGACCGCACUAUAUAGGAGAUUUGUCUGGUAAAAAAAAAAUAAAACAAAAUUGUGUCACUUUAAGUUAAAUUUUUUUUCUUCGUAUUUUCUAAAAUGCUUCUGAUUUCUAAGCUAAUUGUAAGAAACUGUUUUUAUUAGUUUCUUACUUUUGAUUUCCUCUGAAAUCUUGAAUGUUUAAACUGAGCGGAUGUCACACACAAGCGUGCAAAAUUUGUCAUUGCUCUCUAGCCUGGCGUGUGCUCUUAUCGAGCGCGCGCGUCUCAAAUUUUGAAAUAGAGCCAAAUCUAUUUCUGUGUAAAUGCAUAUACUGUCCACACGCUGUGGUGUUGUUCCCAAAAUCUCAUCCCGGCAGUAAGGAGUUGGUGCUCGCCAAGUGCAAACAACUACAGCUAGGAACCACCGAGAUGAAAUUGGCCCAUUGCAGGGUCUCCGUUUUAGUCAUCGUCCUGAUUGCAAUUACUCCACGAGAUGCAGUUGGAAAACAGGACGAGUUUUUGUUGGGUUUCGACUGCGACGAGGAGAGGUCGUGCCAAGCCCUGAAUGAGCAUUGUGACGCCGGCUUUUGCAAGUGCAAGCCUGGAUUUGUGCGAAAUGCGCUGCAUUGCUUUCCAGCCAGAAACUAUGGAGAGUCUUGCUUUUUUGACGUGCAAUGUUCAGUAUUCCCAUUGAUUUGCGCAGAUCAUGAUGGAACUGGCGUUAAAAGAUGCGACUGUCAUAAAUUCUUUACGUGGGACAAAAACACUGAAGAAUGUCACCACUCUGAAAAUAUAUCAGCAAUGGUUUCAAAAUUGGAGCAGAAGUGGGACUAUGAAGCAAGAAUUGAUGAAGAUGCAAAAUCUGUAUUUCCUGGUAUCGUGGCUGCUGGAAUCAUGGUUUUGGUGAUUGGGGCCGUGAUGGCUACAGCGUGCACCAUUUAUGGCUGCUACUCGGGAAGCUGGAAGUGCUUGAGCAGACGAGAAAAAAGAUCGAUUACUUUAACUAAAGAAGAGCCCGAAAAAACUUCUAAAAAAUUGGAAAAGAUUGAAGCUACAGAUGUGCCCCUGUCGUCCGAUCCUGUCCAAGAGGUUUAAGACUUUUUUAUCUUCAUGCAAACCAAAUCUAAAUUACACAUAUAUGCAUUUUACUCAUAUCUUCAAAUUUGAAAGCAUCAUUUAAAUAAAACAAAUCAUGGUGAUUUGAAUUUAAAAUCGG